AUGCUGGGCCGGAAAGCAGGACUCCCCCCCGACCUGAACAGCCACCGCCAGGUGAACCAGUCCUACCAGGAGGCCGUGCCCCUGAGGACCAGAGCAUCCAAGGAAGCCGAUGUCAGCCUGGAGGUGUUCAGCGGCUCUACGCCUGAAAUCAAGCAGGGCCGCACCAGAGCCCAGCAGAUGCGGGACAGGAAAGGUCGCAAAGCCGACCUCAAAGAGUCUAACGGGAGAGAGGCAGAAACGAUUACCUUUAUCUCUGGUACAGCAGAGGCUCCCCCGAACCAGAGCUUUUGCUGUUCCUCUCUGUCUCAGGCCUGGAACACGUACAAGGCUGUUUUCUGUUGUAUAGUGACCUGCGGGGGCUGCUUUCAGGACUGCAGUGUCUGUAUCCCCUACCCGGGGCCCGCUGAGACCUCCACUGAUGAUGGGAAGAAUGGAGAUUAUAACGGGCGACUGCCAAACAGCCCUGCCAACGUCUCUCCCACCGAGAAGAACGGGAACCAGAUCAAAAAGUCCCACAUGGGCAGCAGUUUCAGUUACCCGGAUGUCAAACUGAAGGGCAUUCCUGUCUAUCAGAACAGGAGCCCCAGCCACCACCUGGAAUCCGAUUCGUACUUCAAGGAGCUGCUGCCAGAGAAGCCCUUCAGGAACAGCAUAGAAAAGCCGCCGCUUCCUAGCAGCCACCGGAGUUCGGAGGAGUAUUAUUCCUUCCACGAGUCCGACCUGGACAUCAGCGAGCUGAACGGCUCCAUGUCCAGCAGGGAGAUCGACGUCCUGAUCUUCAAGAAGCUGACGGAGCUCUUCAGCGUCCACCAGAUCGACGAGCUGGCCAAGUGCACGUCAGACACUGUCUUCCUGGAGAAGACCAACAAGAUCUCGGACCUCAUCAAUAGCAUAACUCAGGACUACAACCUGGACGAGCAGGAUGCUGAGUGCAGGCUGGUCCGCGGCAUCAUACGCAUCAGCACCCGGAAAAGCAGGGUCCGGCCCCAUAUUUCUGUCCCAGCCAGCCAGAGCCACGAGGAGAAGUCCAGCAGAGGCAACGCACCGGACAGCGGUAACGAAACCAUGCUAGAGUCCACGGUCAUCAGCCAAGACGACUUGGCGGUGCAAAUUUCGGAGGAAACGCCGGCAGAUGUGAUCGCCAGGAACAUGAGGCGGCACAGCAGUGCAGGCUCUCCAACAAGCAGAGAUUCCUCUUUCCAAGACACAGAGACUGACUCAUCUGGAGCACCUCUGCUUCAGGUGUAUUGUUAA